AUGAGAAGACUUAGAGAAAGUUUUAGAAAAGAAAUCAGUAUUUUUAAAAACUUAUCUGAUGGGUUGUUUUCAUUUUGUAUUAAAAAAUCAAACUUGAAGAAAAAAAGAAAGAGAUAAAAAAUAUAGAAUUAAGACCUAAUUUUAUAAGAAAUCAAUCUGAACGAAAUUUAUUUUAAAUGA